AUGAAGACCGCGUGGACUGUCGGUGUCGGGGCCCUUCUGGCCUCGCUCGUCGACGCAAAGGACGACUCGAUCCACGGCGACAAGCUGUACAAUGCGGGCAAGACUCCUGCUGUCGAGCGCGUUGGAGACAGCGAGGUUGCGACCCUCGACCAGCCCAAGCCUGCUGGCGGCAAGAUCAAUGCCGCUGACAUCGAUGUCUUCUGCUCCUCCGAAGUCGAGGCCCACGCGUGCUCGCAGGUUCUGGACUCCAAUGUGGGCACAUACUGGAAGGCCGACACCGGCCCAGAGCAGUCUAUCACGGUGGACCUGAGCGAAGAAAAGAGCAUCAGUGGGCUGGUCAUGAUUCCUCACCAGGGCGCCAACUCCUUCAUCGAGAAGCACUCCAUCUCCGUCAGCCAGGACAACCAGACUUGGACCGAGGUCGCCUAUGGCAUGUGGUGGCCUGAUGCCAGCGAGAAGCUGUCGACCUUCCAGCCAGAGAAGGGCAGAUACCUGCGCCUCACCAUCUACGAGAGCACCGGCUACAUCGCAGAGCUGGACGUGUAUGAGCACGAGUACAUCCAGCCCGAUCCCUCUAAGGGUGCCUGGGGCCCGACGAUUGAUUUCCCUCUGGUUCCCGUCUCUGGAGCUGUUGAUCCGGCUAAUGGAGAGUUUAUCGGUUGGGCUUCGUGGCAAUACAACACGUAUCUUCAGAACUCCGGCUCGAAGACGCAGACAGCCACCUGGAACCCCGACAAGAAGACCGUCUCGCAGCGCGAAAUCAGCGACACCGGCCACGACAUGUUCUGCACUGGAAUCACGUAUGAUGAAUUUGGCAACCUGGUGGUCACUGGCGGCAACAGCGCGUACGACACCAGCAUCUUCAACACCACCUCCCGCGAAUGGCAGACUGGAGCCACGCUGGACCUCGACCGGGGCUAUCAAUCGUCGACCAUCCUCUCCGACGGCCGCAUCUUCAUGAUCGGCGGUUCGUUCAGUGAAACCACCGGCCUGAAGAACGGCGCGGUCUAUGAUCCCGUUCAGGACCGCUGGUCCAACCUUGACGACACCGAUGUUGUCCAGAUGUUGACCCAGGACCAGCGCGGAGACCGCCGCGACAACCACGGCUGGCUGUUCGGCUGGAAAGAGGGAACCGUCUUCCAGGCCGGGCCCAGCAAGAAGAUGAACUGGUACGGCACCGAGGGCCCCUCCGGCUCAACAACCUUUGGCGGAAACCGCAACAGCGAGCGCUUCGGCGACGCGAUGUGUGGCAACGCGGUGAUGUUUGACGACGGGAAGAUUCUCGCGUUCGGCGGCGCCCUUGACUACGUCGGCAGCGAUGCCAUCAACGACACCUUCCUCAUCAACAUCGACCAGCCCAAGACCGAGGCCGGGGUCGUCCGAUCGCAAGACAUGCACUUCAAGCGCACAUUCCACAACUCGGUUGUCCUCCCCGAUGGCUCGGUCUUCGCAACUGGCGGACAAGGCUUCGCCCAGCCCUUCAACGAAUCCACUGCCCACACCGAGUCCGAGCGCUUCAUCUACGACGAGUCCGAUCCCGCCGGUGGCUCAUGGGAGUCUCUCCUCCCCAACACAAUCCCCCGUGUCUACCACAGUCUCGCCCUGCUCCUGCAGGACGGCACCGUCCUCUCCGGCGGCGGUGGUCUCUGCGGAAACUGCUCCGCCAACCACUUCGACGCCCAGAUCUACACGCCCCCCUACCUUCUGAAGGAGGACGGAACCCUGCGUGAGCGCCCGGAGGUUGUCUCCGUCGAGCCGUCGUCCGCUAAGCCCGGCGACCGCGUCAAGGUUACCACAAAGGGAGAUAUCAACCCGGCCGCUUCCGCCAUCGUCCGCUAUGGCUCGGCCACCCACACCGUCGAUACCGACCAGCGUCGUCUUUCCGUCCCCUUCGAGAAGGAUGGCGAGGAUGCAAACAGCUACACCUUCCAGGUCCCGGAAGCGCCUGGUGUUGCGGCGCCUGGGUACUGGAUGUUGUUUGUCCUGGAUAACCAGGGUACGCCUAGCCGCGCCGUGAACGUCCGCAUCUCUACCUAG